ACCACAAGGCUUUCACCUAAAGGCCCAACCGCCCAAGCGACGGCCAUAGCCGAAAACCCUAACCCGCCGCCACGCCGCCCUCCCGCCACCCGCGCCGGCGCCGCUUCUCCCCGCCGAUACAGGCCAAAACCCUCGCGCGGGGGCAUCGGAGGCGGAGGAGGGAUGGCGUCCAACGGGGACAACAAGCGGCUGUUCCGCGUGCGGCGCACGGUGUUGCAGAUGCUGAGAGACCGCGGGUACACGGUGAAGGACGAGGAAAUCAAGCUGUCCCUGUACGAGUUCGUCGACCGCUACGGAGACCCCGUCCGCCGGGACGAGAUCGUCAUCCAUUGCGAGAAGCAGGGCGACCCCAACGACAAGGUCAACGUCUUCUUCCUCGACGAGUCCAAGACCGGCCUGGCCGUGGUCAGGAGCUGCGUCGAGAAGAUGAAGCUGGGGAACGCCACCAAUGGCAUACUCGUCCUGCAGAAGGCGCUGAGCGGCCCGGCCCGGACCGAGGUCGCACAGAGCAAGAAGUACCACCUCGAGGUCUUCCAGGAAGGGGAGCUUCUUGUAAACAUUACUGAACACCAUCUCGUUCCGAAGCACGAGCUCCUGAGUGACGAGGAGAAGAAGGAGCUGCUGCAGAAAUACACUGCCCACGAAACUCAGCUCCCGAGGAUUCAGCUCACGGAUCCGGUAGCAAGAUACCACGGCAUGAAGCGUGGGCAGGUGGUGAAGAUCACCCGGCAGAGCGAAGUCGCCGGAGAAUACGUGACCUACCGCUACGUCAUCUGAUCCUCACCGACGUAUCAAGGCCUGAGGUUGGUCUGGGAUUUAAAAUGGUUCCUUCGUCGCCAAACCCCUCCCAGUACUCGAAAGAAGCAUUGCUGUGUGUGUGUGUGGAGGAACCAAGGUGCUCGCUGAAGUGGCUCGGUGCCCCUUUGUUUGUAACUUGCUGGCAAUUUGGCAUGAGUGUGUUAGCUAGAAAAAUAGGUUUCUGUGUAGAUGUGCUGUGUUCCGUGCUGCUAAAUAACUCUUGACUGUAUACGUGAGAUGCGUUGGUCUGUUCCGAAGAAAUUCAGUUACUUGUGCGCCCCGGUA